AUGCUGUCGUGUCACAACCUGCUCACAUUACCGCCUCUUUCUCUCUUCCAUCGCGCUUCGUCUCCUUCUCUGCACGACAGGUACCGCAUCGGAAAGAAGAUCGGGUCGGGCUCGUUCGGCGAUAUCUACCUCGGCAUCAACAUCAUCUCGGGAGAGGAGGUGGCCAUCAAGCUCGAGUCGAUCAAGGCAAAACACCCUCAGCUCGAGUAUGAGGCAAAGGUCUACAAGACGCUGGCCGGCGGUGUGGGCGUACCAUUCGUGAGAUGGUAUGGCCAGGAGUGCGACUACAACGCCAUGGUCAUCGAUCUCUUGGGCCCCUCGCUCGAGGAUCUCUUCAACUUUUGCAACCGCAAAUUUUCGCUGAAGACUGUCCUUCUCCUUGCCGACCAGAUGAUCUCGCGCAUCGAGUACAUUCACUCGCGCAACUUCAUCCACCGCGACAUCAAGCCUGACAACUUCCUCAUGGGCAUUGGCAAGCGAGGCAACCAGGUCAAUGUCAUCGACUUUGGCCUGGCAAAGAAGUACCGGGACCCAAAGACGCACUUGCACAUUCCCUACAGGGAGAACAAGAACCUGACGGGCACCGCUCGAUACACGUCGAUCAACACCCACUUGGGCGUCGAACAAUCGCGGCGUGAUGACCUUGAGUCGCUUGGCUACGUCCUCAUGUACUUCCUGAGGGGUUCGUUGCCCUGGCAGGGUUUGAAGGCAGCGACAAAGAAGCAAAAGUACGACCGCAUCAUGGAGAAGAAAAUGACGACACCUACGGAGCUGCUGUGCCGAGGUUUCCCCUCAGAGAUGGCUAUCUAUCUCAAUUGCUGCCGAUCGCUCCGCUUCGACGACAAGCCCGACUACUCGUACCUCCGCAAGCUCUUCCGCGACCUGUUCGUCCGCGAAGGGUUCCAGUACGACUACAUCUUCGACUGGUCCAUCCAGCAGAGGAGCAUCGACGACGGCAGUAAGAUGGCCGGCGCCGACGUCUCUGGCAGCAAGCAGGCCGCUGCGGCGGCUCAACAGCUUCCUAGGCGCAAGGUCAUUGCUCAGGGCGACGACGAGGCCGCCGCUGCCGCUGCUGCUGCUGCUGCUGCUGCUGCUGCUGCUGGCAAGGACACUACGCGCGUCCAGCAUGGCUCGUACCAACAGGGUGGCCAGAGUUCCUCGAUGCGACCACGCCGCAAUGAUGAGCCCAGCGCCAACUGGUACUAA